AGCCUAAAAAUGCCGGCGCAUGGCUGCUCUCCAGAUUUCUCUUUGGCGUAAUGUCCGUAAUUACGAUUAUUAUAAAUUAAUGAAACUGAUUUUUUUUUUUGUAUGGUGUAAUCUGCGUAAUUUUUAAUUUUUACGAAUAGCUGUAACGUAACUUGUCAACAUGAACAAUUCAGAGAUCGAUGAUUCGAGUAAAACGAUCCAACUCGAUAAAAGUCAGGUUGAUGAAGAGAAUUCACGAAAUUCGCGAGAAGACGUCGACGAUACACCACAUGUUGACGAAGAGCAACGAGAAAAAUUAAUACGACUGCCUUUAGGAAGAAUUAAAACCAUUAUCAAAAUGGAUCCUGAAGUUGGUUUGAUUAAUCAAGAAGCUGCGUUUCUGGUAGCAAAGUCGGUGGAAUUUUUUAUCGAGUCGCUUGCAAAAGAAGCUUAUAAAUAUACUGUACAGUCGAAGAAAAGAACCGUUCAAAAGCGUGAUGUGGAAAAUGCCAUUGACAAUGUGGAUGCGCUUGUAUUUUUGGAAGGUAUGCUCGAUUGAUCGUAUCUAGUAUUUAUCGUACGAUUCGACGAAUUAAAAUGUUUUUUUAUCUUUACUAACGUAAUACUUUUACAUUUGUGAACAUUAAGAAUACUGUUGAUUGCUGCAAAAAAUUGUUGAUAUUGUAAAUGAAAAAAAUAAACAUGUGUCCACUCAAGCAGAAAAA